UACCGAUCCUUUCGGAAACCUCUAAAUAUGACAUAUUUGUAGCGCAGAAGAUUUUGUUUCGUAAAUAAUUUCGUUCGUAUCCAAGAUGUGAUGUUGUCAUUGACAGAACUUCAUCCUACACUGGACCGAAAGUUUUACGCUCUACGUUUUGUUGCAUGAUGGGAACAAAUCUCAAACAUGGUCGUCGCUAUGGAGUGAAUCCAAAACACCAAAUCCAAAAGAAGUUUUCUGAUUAUUAGUUUAAACGGCUCUAAAUUUUCGGUCAAAUGCUCUUUUGGAACUUGUUUUAAGGAAAUUAAAACUAAAACAAUAUACAUAGCAGUAGUAUAAAAAAUGGAAUAUAUAGGAUUAUUAUGUAUUUUAAUGGUUUUGACAACUGUACCAAUUGUUACAUAUGCUGGUAAUAGUCGACAUUUUGUAACUGAAAAUUGUGGACAUGUUGUUGGACCAGAUUAUGGAGCCUAUUUAGAAUUCGACAGGGCUGCAACAUUCAAAAAAGGAGUAGUGGGCGUUCCAUACACUCUAAAAGGCCAAGAAUUUGAAUGUAUCAUUGUUGUAAGGGGUAUGCCAUCGACUGGAGAAAAGCGAUUCAUGGCUUUACACAUGCGCCAAUUCCACUUGAAAGAACAAGCAGUAGUGAGACCCGAGAACGAGGUUGCAAAGUGCGGGAAAGCUUAUGUGAUUAUUUACAAUGGGAUGGAUAGAAAUGCAGCCGAAAAAUAUGUCUUCUGUGGUGCAGAUGCAGUUACUCAAAACUUAGAAUGGACAGGAGAAUAUAUGACAUUUUAUUUCUAUAUUGACUAUCGUAAUCCUGAUUUUUCUACAGUCGAUCCACUAGUAUCACUGCCGCCUGCAACCGGAAAUACAACAUUGUCUCCACCUACAACAACACCAGAUCCGUUUCCGUAUCCGACAGUCUAUUUCAAGAUGGACAUUACAUCAUAUGAUUUUGAAUGUAAUGAGACCAUCGACAAGGUAUCUUUGAAAUGUAACGACAGUAAAAGAUGUUUAGACGAUUCCUUGAAAUGUGACUUUUGGUUCUCUCGGAAUUGUGCGUCAGAUGUUUACCCACGUGACAACACCGACGUGUCCAGACAAGCACCUGCAAACUGUUUUAGAAAGCCAACAACGACAACUACUACCACAACCCUUGCCCCUCCACCUUUCAGACCAGAUUUAACUCCCUUGUAUGCUGCUGUAGGUGGCGUGUUAGGGGUGGCGCUACUGUUGUGGUGUUGCUGGAAACCAGCUUAUCUCCCUUGGCGGCUUGGAAGAUGUCGUAACUAUCCAUGUUGGGUUAAAUGUGGAAAUCUGUGUCCUUGUCUUAAAUGUCGUGCAUGCUUUCCAGGACCAUCAACUAUGAGCCCAACAGGGGCUGCUGCUUGGAAAGCUGCGAGGUUACAACGAGGCUCUCUUAUUUCACAAGACAUGUCCGAGUUCUCUCCACUUGGCCUACCCGGUCCGUAUUCAGUUUCCGGAUAUCCGGAUAGUCUCCAUGGAGGUCCUCGAAAGUCUAUUAAAUCUGGACAAGUUGCACCCUUUCCAAAUGGCCGAGGUAGUAUUCCAAAUGGAGUACCCACAACUCCGGGUUCAUUUGAACAACGAUUGGCACAACCGUUUGAUUUCUAUCCAAGGAAUAACGCGAAGAAUGUCUCAAAUGCGCCACCAAAUCCCCAAGUUGAAACAGAUUCAGUGAAUCUUGCAAACAAUUGGAUGAGACUGUUGUCGGCUGAUGGAUCUCAUUUACGUGAGCAACGAUAAACAGUAAUCAAAUUUAUGAUAGCAAAACCAGUUCUAGAAAGGAAGGUUACGAUAUGUCUUCAAUAUUUUAUUUGACUUUAUUUAAUUUCACAUUGAAUAUGUGAUUAAAGGGAACAGACAAUAGUGUAUUCAAAUUAGUAUUUGAAGUUAUUCAAAGUAUUUACACGCAACUUGUUUUCAGCUGGUUGCUUUAGCUUGAAGGAUAUUGCUAUCAACUUCGUUUCAAAAAUAUUUCUGAUAUAUAGUACAUGUAGUAAUUUUAUGUUGGUAAGAAAAUUUGAACAUGUUUAUACGUACAUGUAUGUGAGUUUAAAGCAUGAUAAUUGAAUGAUUUACGUGUGGGAAUGAAAGUGUGUAUGUAUGCGGAAUACACAUUGAUACUGGAUUCAAGAUAAUAACGAUUGUAUUGGGUUUGUUGCGAAAACAUGUUGUCUUUUUAUUUUGAAUACAUGCACUUAGUAUAUCCUUACUUUAUAAUAUGUAUAAUACUGUAUAUAUCUUAUAAAAUGUCAUGUAAUCUUUCUCAGGAAAAGUUGAUACGACAAGUGCAUUUUGAGAUUAAAUUGAAGCUUAUAUUAAAAGGAAAUUUGCGAUAUAAAUUUACUUAGAUGUAGUUUACCAGGUAUGGUAUGAUACAAACGAUACAAACUUACUGAUUGACUAUUUAGGUGCUUAACGUCACUUCUUGCACUUUUGGUUAUUUCGUGACGACCAGGUUUUAUGGGCGGAGGAAGGCGGAGUGCACGGAGAUAACAGUGGCGGAACCAGGGGUCCAGGGAUUAGAAACCCUCUCUUUUUCCUGACGAUCUAUGGGUUUGAAUGGGGACAAAUGGUUGGACCGCCCCCUUUAUCCUGGGAUGAGAAUUUUCCUUUAAAAAAUGGCUGAAUCCGCACAGGAGAACCUCCAUCCAAGACAACACGAAGGCAGCAAAUACACAGCAAACUAUAUUUGUCAAUAAGUGUUAAAGGUGUACUAAAAUAUCAUCUCGAAUUUUAAAAUUAAGUGAAAAGAGAAUUAUUUAAGGAACCAAACAAUAGGCUCAAAUAUUGACAUGAUUGGUAGGUUAAAGGGCUCCUUUUCGAGACAUUUAAAUGGCGGGAAACAUCUAACUUUUACCUUGAAUUUGCAUUGCAAUUAUUUGGGUCUCAAAUCGAAAGAAAAGACAUCAAGAAUAUGUUUAAAUUGGGAUAAAGGACAUUUUAUGAGCUAUACUAUUACAAAUAGUCUUAUACGAAAGAGAAAAUAGUUGUUAUGGGGCAAUAUAUAUUGCCCUGUAUUGUAGGGGAAAAAAUACAUGUUCGAACAUCUGACAAACAUUUCUAAACUGAACCUAAGAAUAUAUAUUCGAUCUUGAUUUAAGCAGC